UGUUGUCAUUGUGCCGAGUAGGGGCAGUGUAGACUGUGUAAGACUAGGCUUACGGAAGUUUCGUCAUUUUAGGUAUGAAAUUUCAUCAAGAGAACACGCGUGAGAAGCCGUGAGGACACAACAGAUUUAAAUGAUAUAAAAAACACCAAGUUCAAACUCAAAGUAGAAACAAAUAGAACGCAAAAAUGCCCAGGGUGGUACCGGAACAGAAGCAAAAAUUUGAGAACGAUGAGAUGUUCAGAAAACUCGCUCGUGAAUCCGAGAUUAAAUACACCGGGUACAGGGAUAGAUCGCACGAGGAAAGAGUUGUUCGAUUCCAAACAGAGAUACGCGACGGACAAUCCAAUGUAGCUUAUGUUGCUUCAGGGACAAACCUUACACUGCAUUUCCCAAAAGCCGAGGAUGGAUUCAUACGGAGUGAGUUCUUAGAUUUCGAUCGAGAGCCAGGCAAGGUUCACAUCAAGAGCCAUUUUAUUCUGAACGGAGUAUGCAUCAUUUUCAAAGGCUGGAUAGACCUUCAGAGGCUUGAUGGCAUUGGUUACAUCGAGUAUGACGAAGAGAAAGCAAGGAAAGAAGAUAAGAUAAUGCGCGAGACCCUGGAACAGGCGAAGCAAAGACUGGCGGAGUUUGAAGAGAGGCAGCGACAGUGGCGAGAAGAACAACAGAGAAAGGAGAGCGAGGCAAGUACUCACCACCAUAGAUUUAGCCCUUAUUCAUUUCAGGCAAAAUUAGGGCUGCGACAUCAUCCCAGUCACAUGAAAUGACCUUGAUUUAAUUAUGACUACUUCUCCGGAGGGAGAAACAACACUGUAGCAUGCCGAAGGGCCGAAACAAAUAGACAAUUGCUAUAAGGUCGUCUAGGAGGCCGUCAGCUACAGGUGAAGCGUUGCAUCUUCCUCGCAUGGCAACCAUAGACAGUGAUCUAAAAGCACAUCGAGGCAUCCUUCUCAAGCAUGGGACUAAUGGUAACGUUGCCGUAUGGUACACAUCUUGCAUAGUCAGCAAGUCAAAGGCCAGGCAUGGAAAUCAAUUCGUAGUAAGACUUCGUUUUCGUGACUGGAUGCACUAAACGGGAUACGAAGUGCUUUGUCUUCAUUUGGUGUGCGGGCAUUGCGGGUCCCGUGUAAUGACCUCUCCCGAUGCUUCGUCGAUUGGAUUUUUACUGCGUUAUUUACUGUGGCUCUUUUGGUAGCUUAGCUGAGAGCUGCUUGACAAAGAUGAUAUAACUAACGUGGCGGCCACGCUACUGUAGUUAGAUUGGACUUUCCCCCAAGUGUAGAUAUUGAGUUUGCUUAUUGGUUUGCAAAGAAACUUUUUUCUUCCGCGACAGAUGAAUUUGAAUAUCCUGCAAAUCUUAUUGCAAUAAUUGAAAAAGUCUGGCUAGAUUUCUUUUUUGCCAACCAAUGAAUAACAACAAUGUAUAGUAUAUAGAUAUCAUAGAUUUUAUUUAAGAUAUAGAACUUUACCUAAAAUGAUUUGAUUAGAGAUUACAUAAAAUACAAUUAUAAACGAACGCCUCAGGAAACCUUCAGGUGGUUUUCUUCAAAUUAUUUACGAGGCAAAAGGAAAUCAUACGAUAUUUAAAACCUAAAAAGGAAUCAAAGAAAAAGUUAAUAAAUAAUAAGUCGCCUCCUUAAAUGUCGUUGUCGCAAAAUAUAUUUUUGUCGCGCGGCACGUUUUUUUUUUUUGCCGCAAAAAUCGCAGCUCGCGUCGUGCGUCAAAAAUUGCAUCAAUUUUGAUUUUCCAAUUUCACAAAUGAACGCAUCGCUCGCGUCUUACUUUCUAAUUAUGAUAAGCAGGCAUUUAAAAUAAGUCGCAUGCGACUCCUUUAUAUACACCUAUUCCAAAAUUACGUUUUCAGCGCAAAUGGUAAAUGCCAAAUGGCAUCCAAAAAUACCAAGAGACCUCUUAUUUUAGUGAAAGCAGGAAAAUGUGUAUAUCUCGUGCGAUUAGUUUAUUUAUUCUUUACUCUUAGAGGUAAACUGUACCUAUUACAAGCCGCGAUUUGUCGUACAAGUACCAUUUGCCAUUGCACCGACAACUUUUAUUGAAAUAGCUGUAUAACGUAAGAAUGCAAUACCAGUAGAAUGGUUCCCAUGAACUCGCGAAACAAAGUUUUAUGUGCAGUAAAGCCAGCUCCAAAAAGAGCAGACAUUAGAGCGUAUCAAUGCUAUAAAAGAGCAGACAUUAGAGCGUAUCAAUGCUAUAUAAGCUUAAGUUUUUUUUCACGAGAUUAUGAAAACCACUUUAUUGAAAGAGAACAAAUCGCAACGCUAUUUGCGAUUAUUUAAUUUUAUUUAAGAGAUAAAUAAGGAGAAUGUUAAUAUUGUUUUGCGCAUGCAGCCAUUGAUGUUGUAAAAAGUAAAUCAAUAAAAUUAUACUGUACAGAACAAA